UGAUGUGUGGCUGUUUUAGGAGCCAUUAUGGACAUCGGUGAGGGAGGGAGAGGAAAGGAUGGAGGGAGAGAGGGAGGAGAACCUGACAUCAGCACCAAGCCGUUAUCUCAUCCUCUCCUGACCCCGGAAGUGGUUCCUUCUAAGGGGUCGCCCUCUCGUACCUCAGCCCCGGCCCCUGCCAAAGAGCCCUCCAACCUGACCCAGACAGAGCAGGGGGGUGCAGAGGGGACCGCAGGCAGAGAGGAGACCCCAGAAGGGGAGCGGGGUAUAUACUCACAGAAUGGUGGUGUGACACUGAAAGAAGAGCAAGAGAAGGAAGAGAAGCUAAAUGAGAAGAAGGAGAAAGAAAGAUUGUUACUGGUGGACGACAGAGAGGAAACGGGAAGAAAAAACCUUGCAGAGGUCAGCAGCAAAGACAGAGGAGAAGAGGAAAAAGAGAAGGAAGAGGAAGAGGAGAGAGAAGAGGCCAUCUCAAACCAAAGCCAAACCAAAUCCAAAUGUAGUCUAUUACCUCGACAGAGCCUGCACAGCUCUGCUUCCAGCACUGUUAUGGCCAGUGGCACAUUGAACAGCAACAUCCACAUCACUGCUUCCAAUUCUCCAAAGCACUCUACCUCUCCUUCUACCUGUCCAAAGCUCUCAUUAUCACCUUCCAAUUCUCCAAAGCACUCUACCUCUCCUUUCACCUCUCCAAAGCGCUCCAGCUUUUUCCCCUCCUCUCCUUAUCCUCAGAAUGAGACAGAGGUGAGAGACACAGGAGAAGUGCAAGGCAAUAGUCCUUGUUUUCCUCUGAGCUUUAAACCCCAGCAGUCUGCUCUGUCUAAGUCCACCAGCCCACCCGCUAAGGAUGAUGGUAGGGCAGACGCCACUCACACUUCCCUUAUUGCCAAUGGAGACACCACCAAAGUUCCAAAACCAAACAACAACCCAGAAGUGAGAGAUGGAGAUAGAGAGAUGGAAAUAGAAAGAGAUGAUGGAGAGAAGGAACGAGAGGGAGAUGAGAACAUAGAGACUGUAUCUAAGUACCUCCACUCCUCUCCCUCCUCUUCCUCCUCACCCUCCUCUCCCGUCUCACUGAACAGUCACAUGGCAUUGAUGCAGUCCCGGAACUCCUGCAAGACACUUAAAUGCCCCAAAUGUAACUGGCAUUACAAAUCCCAGCAGACACUGCAAGUCCACCUCAGAGAAAAACACCCAGAGUCUGGAGGCUCAUGUGUGUGUGGGGGCUUGGGGGAGAAUUGUGUUUGUGGAGGGUCAAGGGGUGUGUGUCUGUACUGUAGCACAGGGAAGGCCCAUCCUCGUCUAUCCCGAGGGGAGAGUUAUGUCUGUGGGUACAAGCCCUAUCGCUGUGGUGUGUGUGAUUACGCCACGUCCUCUAAAGGAAACCUCAGCAUACACAUGCAGUCAGACAAACACCUCAGCAACGUACAGACAGCGGGACAAACACAACAUGCGCACAGCACACACACACACUCCACACACAGCGCGGGCUCCACUGACAGAGACACGGCAGGCGGUCAGGUGUACGGACACACACACCCCGAAGUCACGCUGCCCCCUGAAAACACACCGCCCUACCCCAGCCAUCCCUCCUCCCAGGGUAAGAGGUGGCGGUGUGAGGUGUGUGAUUAUGAGACCAGCAUUGCGCGGAACCUGCGCAUACACACCACCAGCGAGAAACACACACAAAAUGUGCUGCGCCUGAAACACACACACAACGUACUGCAGCUGCAGAGAAGCUACUACCUGGCCCACUGCAGGAGUCUGCCUCCUCAACUCACACUGAUACACAGCACAGGUGGGGAGCAGUCUUUGGAUAUGCAUCAACUAACAGCAGAGGAGCCAGUUGCCCCAGAUUCAACCCUGACCCCCUCCCCCUCUCCUCCUCCCUCCUCCUCACCAUCCCCUUCUCCAUCCCCCUCUCCCCUUCUACUGUCUCUCUCCCCCUCUCCCCCUCCUCCCCUGUCUCUCUCCUCCCCAUCUCCCCUCUACCGUGGUGUGUUCCGGUGCCUGGUGUGUUUCAGUUUCUCCUCUGACAGUCUGGAGUCUCUUGGGUCUCACCUGAGUGCCCCCCGCUCCCUGCCCCAGUCUGAGUGGCGUUGUCUGGUGGCCGGAGGCUGCUAUUGCAGGCUGUGUGGCUACAGCACCCCCCUCACAGCUAACUUCACCUUGCACUGCCAGACAGACAGACACAGGGCCCGCUACCAGCUGGCUGCCCACCUCUGGGAGAGAGGGGAGAAGGGGGAGGCUGUGGACUGGGAGGAAGUUGGGAAGUUGGUUGCUACAGGCAACCUGGUCCAGCUGAAGUGUAACGUGUGUGACUUCCAGACCACCAGUUUGGAGAAACUGAGAAUACACAGCGUCAACUCCCAACACCAGGCCAGCCUCAGAGUCUACAUGUUCUUAGAGCAGUAUGACAGUGCAGUAGCUGGAGGCUCCUGGUCGUUCCACUGUGUCUUGUGUAAUUACUCCUCCCGCUCUAAACUCCACCUACUGAGACACACCCACUCCACGGGUCAUCAUAAGAGGGAGGAGCUUCACCGCUUGCAGCUUGUGAAAAGGAGGAGCCUGAAUAAAGGAGAGGAUCUAGCUGCCAUCUUCAGCAUCAGGAAGUGUACCAGUCCUGAGAUAGAUGGAAGCAGUGAGGAGGGGGAGAGGAGAGAUUCCUUAUCCCCAGCCAAGCGAUCAUUCUCUUGGCUGGAGGAGACACAGAGCCCUCUCUCUCCCAAAUGCCCCAGAACCGACAAGCACACCACUGACCAACAUACUACUGCCAAGUGCCCACUGUGCCAGGACACACUGGUACACAUACACCUGAGACGUCACCUCACACUCACUCAUAGUGUGGCCCAGGACUGUGUGGAGAAGCUCAUGAGCACUGUGGCAGUGGAUCUGCCAGAGAUUCUACAGAAAGAGACACUGCAGAGGGAUUCCCAUUCAAGCGACUCCAACACAAACGAAUAUCAAACAAACGAUUCCAACACAAUCGUCUUUUACGCAAAGGAGUCCCUCAGAAAUGAGUCUCAAUCAAACGACUCCCAUAUGAAUGAAGAAGAAGUGAUACCAGCCAAAGAUGUCCCUGCUCUGCCCACCCGUCCUUGUGAGGACCAGCAUCUAGCAGAGGACAACACCUCUCACCUCCCAGAGUCCCCCAGCUCUUCCCCCUCCCUCCCCACUCCUCCCUCUCCCUCCCUCAGCCACCUCCCUUCAUCCGCCUUACCUCCCUCUCCUCCCAGCGAUGCCCCUCCUUCCUCUGAUCGUCAUUGUUACAGGUUCCGCUGUGGCAGGUGCAGUCUAGCAUUCCGGACACAGGAGAAGCUGAAACUGCACUGGCAGUACCAUGCCAUGAGGGCGGCGACAGAGUGCCACCUCUGCCCCAGACGCUGCCGCAGCCAAGAGGCCCUGCAGAGACACCUGCUCAACACACACCUACAGGAUCUACACCUACAGAGUACAUACCCUGACCAGAUUGGAGCACACAUCCAACGACCAACCAGCCUGGAGGGGGAGGAAGAGGAGGGGGAGAGUAUGAGUGAAGAAGAUGAGGAGGAGGGAAAUGAAGGAGAGGAGGAUGAAAAGGAUGACCCAGAUGAGGAGGAGAGGCCCAGUCCAGGGGUUAGUAAUAGUGACAUGGGUUCAGGGCAGCAGGAGGCAGGGUCAGAACCCAGCCCCCUCAUCAAGGGCUCGAACUUGACUCUGGACCGGUUCCUGGACCCGGCUCGGCCCUACAAGUGUUCAGUCUGCUGUGAGUCCUUCACUCAGAGAACCAUCCUGCUGGUCCACUAUAACUCUGUGUCCCACCUCCACCGAGCCAAAGCCAGACGGGCCCUGCAUGACUCCAGCCCCAGUCAUGCUGACACCCCCCAGGACCUGGAACCAAGCCCCUACCGCUGCAGCCUGGCCCCUGACCCAAGGCCCUACCGCUGCAGGAUGUGUGGGGUGGCCUACAGCCAGAGCUCCACCCUGGACAUCCACCUCCGUUCUGUACUGCACCAGACACGAGCCCGUGCAGCUCGGGCCCAGCUACCACUGAACCCCCACACCCACCAAACUCCAGCCUCAGCCUCAACCCAGGCUCCCCACACCCCAGUCCCAUCCUUGGUCCAAACUCAGACCCCUGCCUCCAGCCCUUCGCCUGGAGGAGGAGAGGCAUCUACCAGGGGAAACCCCCCAGCAGCCACCAGACCAGCCCCUGCCCCCCCAAGUCCCUGUUCCUCCCUGAGUGAAGCCCAGCUGAGUGUGGGUGUCUCUGGGCAGGUUAAGGGUCAACAGGCUAAGAGGAGGAGAGUAGAGGACCUGACCGCUUCCGCAGGACAGCAGGACCUGAUGUUACUCCAACAGCAAUUAGCCCAGGCCCAGAUACUACAGCAGCAACAGGAGUUAGCCCAAGCCCAGAUAGAGCAACACACAGUCCUCCUCCAGCCCCAGCUCUUUAGUCCAACACUGCUCCCACACCUCCCCUUACUGCAACAUAACCUCCUAAAGCAGCACCUCCCUUCAGCAGCAGAGAUUCUCCAACACGGGAACCUCUUCCCUCCCCUCCCCUUAUCCCCAGACAGCCUAUUCUCUCUACAGCAGCAGCUGCUCCUGUCCUUCUACCUUUCUGGAGGGUUGCAUCUCAACCCCAACACAACCCUUAUGAACCAGACCACCUCAGCUGUCUCCCCUCAGACCACCUCAGCUCUCUCCCCUCAGACCACCUCAGCUGUCUCCCCUCAGACCACCUCGGACCAACACCCCCAGAUAGAGAGGCUUGAACCUCCCUCUCCACAGCCAGAGACGAAUGGAAUCCAGCUUCCAGCCCAUGCCCCGAAAUGUGAAACCCAGGCUGAGACCGCUGGCAGUGACUCCCCCCUCCACCAGACAGAGAAAGAGUUCAACCCAUCCUCCCCUCCUGAGGGAGAUGGAGAGAAGAAUGGAGAUAUGCAGGAGAGUGAGAAGAAGGAGAGAGCAGAGAAGGCCCUCAGAGUUCUGUUGGAAAGAUACGGCUGGGAGCUGGCCCUACAAAGCACUCAGAGCAGACAGAGACAGCAGAACAGAGAGAUGGAGGGAUGCCUGGAGGAGGAGAAGCAAUGUGGAGAAUGUGGGAAGCUGUUCUCUGACUCUCUGAUCCUGAAGAGCCACCAGGAGUUUGUUCACCGCCAGAUGAUCCCUCCUGUAGUGUUGGAGAUGUUCUCCAGACAGUACAGGCUGCAGUACGACCGCCUCUACCCCCUCAGACCCUUCACACCGGGGGACACUGAGACUACUGUUGUUGCACCCCUAACCCCAGCUUCAGCUUCAGCACCUGCACUUGCACCUUUACCCCCAGCACCAGCCUCAGAUUCAACCCUCGACCAAGCCCAAUCCCUCGCUGUCUCCCAAACCUCAGUCCCAGCCCUUUCCCCAGCUGCAACCCUAACAACCAUAGACACAGACCCAGCUGUGCCCCCACCACCAGCAUCCGUAUCUGUAACCCUGUCCCCAGACCAUGCCCCAGUUAAUUCCCUCUUCCCAGUUCAUGCCAGAGCCUCACCAACACCCUCUCCUCCUCCAUCCCCCUGCCAACCACAACCACUUUCAGAGCAGGACAGUACCACAACGACAAACACCCCUUGCCCUGACCCCUGUCAAGCUAUCAUACACAAGCCCAAACUCUCCUUACCCCCUCUCCCCUUACCCCAACUCCCCCUGCCCCGUCUUCCUUUAUCCAACCUCUCCUCUCUGCCCUUCCCCAUAGACCCCUCUCUCCUCCCCAUUGGUCUAAUGCAGCCCAUAGCCCUCCAGUCAAUGCUUCAGUACCAGUCCCUGUUAUCGUCCUGCCACCAACCACCCUUAUCCCUAUACACCAACACCCACUCUGCUCCUAGCCCAGCUCUACCCCCAUACACUACCACUCACUCUGCUCCUAGCCCAGCUCUACCCCCAUACACUACCACCCACUCUGCUCCUAGCCCAGCUCUACCCCCAUACACUAACACCCACUCUGCUCCUAGCCUAGCCCUGCCCCCAUACACUACCACCCACUCUGCUUCUAGCCUAGCCCUGCCCCCAUAUAUUACCACCCACUGUGCUCCUAGCCCAGCCCUGCCCCCAUACACUACCACCCACUCUGCUCCUAGCCCAGCCCUGCCCCCAUACACUACCACCCACUCUGCUCCUUGCCCAGCUCUACCCCCAUACACUACCACCCACUCUGCUCCUAGCCCAGCCCUGCCCCCAUACACUACCACACACUCUGCUCCUAGCCCAGCCCUGCCCCCAUACACUACCACACACUCUGCUCCUAGCCCAGCCCUGCCCCCAUACACUACCACACACUCUGCUCCUAGCCCAGCCCUGCCCCCAUACACUACCACCCACUCUGCUCCUAGCCCAGCCCUGCCCCCAUACACUACCACCCACUCUGCUCCUAGCCCAGCCCUGCCCCCAUACACUACCACCCAAACUACUCCUAGCCCAGCCCUGCCCCCAUACACUACCACCCACUCUGCUCCUAGCCCAGCUCUGCCCCCAUACACUACCACCCACUCUGCUCCUAGCCCAGCCCUGCCCCCAUACACUACCACCCACUCUGCUCUUAGCCCAGCCCUGCCCUCUCUGAAGCGUAGGCUGGAGGAAGGGACAGAGGUUAGGCCUAUGAGUGAUGUGAUGGCCGGUGAUGGAGAGGAAGGGGGAGAGAGGGAAGGAGAGGGGGAUGAGCAGAGGAGGGAUAGGCGCCAGAGGACCACCAUCAGUGCAGAGCAGCUAGAGGUUCUAUACCAGCGCUACAGUCUGAACUCCAACCCAACCCGCUCUGCACUGGAGGGGAUCACCAGGGACACAGGGCUGAAGAAACGUGUGGUGCAGGUAUGGUUCCAGAACACUAGGGCUCGUCAGAGGAAGGGCCAGCUCCAGACCCUGGGGAGAGGAGGUUUAGGUGUGGGUCUGGGUGACAACCACAGGCGCUGUCCAUUCUGUAGGGCUUUGUUCAAGGCUCAAAGUGCCCUGGACGCCCAUGUUAGGGCCCGCCACUGGUCCCAGACUGACAGACCUGCCUAUGGCCUGUCUCAUCAGAUAGGUUCCGCUGAUGACUUCAGCUUUUCUCACAACCAUGGAUCCUACAGAGACAGGGAGGGUCCCCCACUCUCCCUCCAGCAUUCUCCCUCUCUCUCCCACCAUCCUUCUCUCCCUACCUCCCUCCAUCCCUCUCUAAGCCCCGGGGUCAUCCCCACUGAGAGAAAAUACAUUUCUGGGAAAACAGAUUUGACCUUUGACCUGAACGAACCCGACUUGGAAGAGGAGGAAGAGGAAGAAGGUCUGUCAGUAAAAAUAUUCCCUUCGUCUGACCAGGCUCAUGAGGGUAACGAUAGCAAUCUGUUGUCUCUGGGAUACAAAUAUGGGAUGGCAAGCUUCAACGUUCAAGACUGUGACCAGAAUUCCAGUCCAAGUCUGUCUGAGAGUGUGGAUAGGCAUGGACCGAGACAGCAGCAGCAGCAGAGGCAGCGUACACAGAUGACCCCCCAGCAGGUGGCCAAGCUCAGAGCCUGUUACAGGGAGCACCCCACCCCCAGCCCAAUGCAGUGUGAGGGCCUGGGACGGCAGCUGGGGCUCCCACGCAGGGUGGUGCAGGUGUGGUUUCAGAAUGGCCGGGCCAAGGAGAAGAGGGCAAGGAGCCUCAGAGUUGACCCCACCACAGGAUAGAGGGAAAGGCAGCAGAGGACAGGGGAGAGAACGCACACAGCCAUGAACUAAGUGCACGUCACUCACAACAAUAAACCAACCAGAUGCCACAGAAGCCAAAGAGCAUUCUACCAGUGUACCUCACCCCUUACUCAGCCCCAAAACAUCACAGGGCAGACCUCCUCUAGAGCUUUAAGACACCACUCCUCUGUUCCUCUGUCUUGCCUUUCCCCCUUCUCUCCUGUCCUCCAACCGAUACCUCAGGAGUUAACCCCUCCAUGCCAACAGAUGUCCCUGUUCUGACAAUAGAAUCUGGAGAACCAGGACACAGUAUGUGCCCCUCCCACUUCUGUUUAAAGACUUUACAAGUGCAAGUAUCAAACUGUUAGACGUUUUAGUGUAUAGAACCGUUCUUUCAAAGUAUAAGAACUGAAAGAAACACAAGCAGCUAUGGAAAACAAAAAUAUUCUUUACAAAGAGCAUCUGCAAAGACUGGCUUGGAUUCCAAAGCUCGUAACCAAAACCUUACAUGUCCGUGGAUUGUGUUGUCAACAUGGUGGUUUUCAUUUCCAAACCACAGUACAAACCAUACAGUGAAGAGUAGGACUGAGACUGGUGCGUAUCAAUAGACUGACUGGUCUACGUGGUGCUGAAGCAGACCUCAACCUUCUCAAGCCAAUGAUGACUCUACUGCACAUGUACUGAACUGCUCCUUAUGUGGAUAAUAGGCCAAAUAGCACUGAGCUAAGUCCACUUUGUCCUUUGUGAGAGGUCAUAUAAGAAGCUAUUUUGAUAACGUUCGACCAAUACAUGUCACAACUUUAACCAAACACUACACAACAUGGUCUGUGUUUAGAAAAUGUUAAUGAAUAUGAAUAUUAUGGAUUACCGGUCGUUAUUAUGCUUUGAUAAGACAAGUGUAAUUUUGUGGUGUAUGAGAACAUAAUGUAGGUGUUAUGAUGUGGAGUUGCCUUUUCUUCUUAUUUAAGUAAAUACCAAUAUGUUGUGUAAUAUAAUUCCAUGUCUACUAUACUCAGGCCAACUGAACUGUUUUUUAUUUGGUCGUAGUAAUGUACUAGUUUCUCUUCUGUUCUUAAUGCCAGACACAAAGUCUGUUUUGAAACCUUAUGAUGUAAAUAUUGACUGUUGAUAUGAAGUUCCUAUAAUGGUAGUUCAAAAGAAACCUCUCUGGAUUUGAGAGAUCUGAGCUUUCUGACCGAUAAUUGAUAGUUCCAUUAUUACAAUGUUAAAUGGUGUGAGGGGUAAAUUAAUGUACAGUAUGUAGCUUUUAUAUGGUCGACUCAGUCUCCCUUGAGACUGCCUCUGUUCUGACGAACCAUACUCACUGAGAGUUACUGACGUUAUACUGAUGACAACUUCGGAUGCUGUGUUAUACCGAUGAAAACUUUAGAUGUUGUGUGCACUUAACUCUCUCACACACUCUAACCAUUUUUUUCUCGCUCUCUUUCUCAUCUCUCCUCUUUUUGAUCUCUAAAUGUUAUAAUAUUACUGUAGUAACAGUAAUAACUAUGAUAAUAUCGAAUGCUUUAAAACACAACCCAAAGACAAUAACACUGUAACCAUCGAUGCAUAAAUCCCACAAAAAACUUAAAAAGUUGACUUGAUAAUGUAACAUUGAUUGUUGGGAAGAAAGAGUGACUGUAUCAGAACUGCUGUAUCUGUCUUCACCAGGCCACUGGUGAGUGUACACUGUAACCACCAGAUAAACCAAAACCUGUUAUUAUACUAGGAUGGAGGAGCACUUCUCAAAGCCCCCCCCCCAGCUACUAGUGCACUCAGUAGGAGUGUACUCAGUAGGGAACCAAGCCCCAGCCCCUAUUGUACCAUACUCAGUAGGGAACUACUUCAGAGCCAUUGCAGUGUGUAGAGUGGUUGAAAUGUUUUCCUCCUCAAUGUCAAUGUCUUUUUAACCAGAUGGAAGAAUCUAUCUCAGUCUUUGAGGAUGUCCAGUUGGCUGCUAACGUAUUUUUUAAAUACUUUAAUAACAACGAACUGUUAUAACACACAUGACGCUGUUCAUAACCUGACCUUUUAUUCUGAUGUUAACAGAGAUACUUGGGGCGGCAGUAUUUACUCAGUAAUGUAUUACUAUGUGGAUAGUGGUUUCUGAACAAAGAUACAAAGAAGUUACAAUGACACUAUAAAGAUAAGAUACUUCUAUACUUAAGAUCCUGCAUAGCUAUUCUAUGGCAGAUUGUAUCUAGCCCAAACCUUCCACAGGUCUGUGUACCAGUAUGUUUCUGAUCGUGUGUCGCUGGCUUGUUUAGCCAUGUUUGUUUCUGCUUUAGGCCAACAAUGUAGCCUUGUAGCUAUGUAGCCAUGCUUGUCUCUGCUAUAGGCCAGGCAACAAUGUAGCCAUGUAGUGACAUAGACACGUAUCCCAUGUACCUGGGUAGCCACGUAGUCAUGUAGCCACACAGGUUGUAGCCAUGCAGUGAUACUGAACACAGAAACAGUCUGUCAUCCAGGCUAACCUUCCAAAGGAUUCUAACUCUGUUUCCCCAUAGCUCUAUAUCUGACCAAUGUUUACCACAAUACCAAUGAUCUUUCUUCUGUACUGAAAUUCCAAAUACUGUACCACUUGGCAGUUAUGUACAUAUUGUUGUUUUAUUCCUUUUGCUUAUUUUCUGAAUAACUGUAAGAUGUAAAUAUUGUGUCGUUCCUGGAAGCUGUUGCCGUAGUGAUAACCAAAAGAUACCUGUGUUGUGCACCUGUCCCAGUCUCUUGCUCCAGUGGUUAACUUUGUUCCUUCUCCCCAGUUUUCAAAUGGAUGUGUGUUUUCUCCCCCUCCCCUUUCCAUAGCCACUGAGGUAAAUAAAGUCUGGUUUGGUGG